CGACGCCUCGUCUCCUGUGCCAGAAAAGCCCGGCUGCUCCUCUUCCAGUUCUCCCAGCACCUGGAGCUCUGGAGACUCGGGCCCACUUAGGCGACAGGAAAGGACGGCGAGGUCCUUCCCCUGUGCCGCAUGCCCGAGCACCUCGUGCAGCUCAAGAGCAAGGGUCCGGAGCACAUCUACUGCAGCUGCAUCUCGCCCUGCGGGGCCUGGCUCGCCUACUCCACGGCCUCCCGCUUCCUCCUCUACCGCCUGCAGCACGAGGGUGACGGCGUCGGCGUCAAGAAGGUCCCCAAAGUGCCCAAGCUGCUGCUCCCAGCCUACCAGCUCCAGUUCUCCGCCGACUCCGGCAGGCUCUUCGUCGCCUCUGCUCGGGGCUCCGUCCACGUCCUCCAGCUGCUGGAGCCGGGGGGCUGCAAACACUUGCAUACGCUUCGGCCGCCCUCAGGGACCCCUGAGGCCGUUUACCUGCUGGCACCGAGCGCAGAUGGGCACUGGCUGGCAGCAGCCAGCGGGGACUGGACCAUCCACGUCUACAACCUAAAAUGCUUCCAGCAUCACUGCACCGUGCCCAUGUACAGCUGUGCCGUGUCGGCCAUCGCCAUCCACCCCGCCACCAACAACCUCGUGAUCGCCUACUCGGACCAGCAGCUGUUCGAGUUCAGCAUCCCCAACAAGCAGUACACGGCCUGGAGCCGCACGGUGCAGAACUGUGGGCUGCACAGGGUCUGGCUGGAGAGGGACUCACCCAUCACCCACAUCACCUUCAACCCCAAGAACCCCUCACACAUCCUGCUCCACGACGUCUACAUGUUCUGCGUCCUCGACAAGUCCCUGGUGAGCCUGCGGGCCUGCCACAUGCCAGCCAACAGUGCCCUCCUGAUGAACCAGAGCGCCCUGAAGCAGCUCCCGGAGACCGCCCGGCAGCGGCAGCUCCAUGCCUUCAAGAUCUGCAAGAAAUUCCAGCCCCUGCUCUUUGCGGAUCUGCUGGACGAGAACUGCCUUGUAAUGGUGGAGCGACCCUUCAUGGACUUCAAGACCCAGCUGCCCCUGCCUGUCCAACAGAAAAAAUUUGGCACCUGA